AUGGCUUUCUUCACAUCGUCCAUAUCAACUGCUGGGAACUCGUCAACCCCGGAUUCCAUUAAAAAGCAUUUGAAUCCUUUAACACCAGCUUCGAUCAACGGCACCAGGUCGUCUUCAUUACCAGGAAUCACUCCUCCCCAGAACCCGACAUCGACCCAAGUCUGGCCCUUGGACGCAUUAAUCUUGGUCGUCAAAUUAGCAACCGUUGUAGUGGGAGGAAUUGCAUUCAAUGGCAUAUCAAUAACAGUGGUCACACCUCCCGAAGCUGCUGCCUUGGUGCCUGUUUCAAACCCCUCCCAGUCAGUUCUCCCCGGCUCAUUCAAAUGA